CGAGAACUCUCGAUAGGCCCAACGGCCCAUACUUUGAUAAUUCUUUAUGUUUCGUUGAGUCUUUACUGGACUGGAAUCUUCCUUAUCCGCUCGGUGGCUCAGUGAAAGAUGGCCGGAGUGUGCGUCCCAUGGAGCGGCGAAGCUUGUCGUCUUUUUCUCCCAAUUCGCCGGCGUCUUCCGGUUUACUCCACCGUCGUCUCCCUCGCUCUUCCAAUUUCCUCGUCUAUGAUCGUCGAUGACAAUCUCGGUUCUUUUCUCGAGAUUCUUCCCCGAGAUCUUCGUCACCGUCUCCUUAACGAUUCCCGCAGAAACCAGCUCGUAGAGGUGAUAAUGGACUUGGGGAGACCACCUGAAGCACGUUAUCUCGGAGAACCCGGAGGCCAAUAUCUUAGGAACAUCGAGGUAUCCAUGGAAGAGCUAGAGGAUGCUCAAGAGCUUGUAGGUGAGUUCGGUGCUGAUAACAGAGCUGGUAUAGAGGGUACAUUGCACAGAAUAUCGGCUAUUCGCAAUCGGAAAGGCUUCGUCGUCGGUCUGACUUGUCGUGUUGGGAGAGCUGUGAGUGGUCACAUUGACAUGAUCUAUGACUUACUUCACUAUGGCAAAAGCAUCUUGUUCGUUGGACGGUACUUGUUGCUUUUGCUUGCUACUCUCUGUUGCUUCAUUUCUCACUUCUUUGAUGGUGGUGGUUUGAAUCGAGUUCUUGAUCAUAGGCCCGGUGUUGGAAAGACCACUGUUUUGCGGGAGAUUGCUCGCCUCUUGUCCGAUGAGUUCCAGAAAAGAGUGGUGAUAAUCGAUACAAGCAACGAAAUUGGAGGCGACGGAGAUAUUCCACACUCAGCUAUCGGAGGUGCGCGUAGGAUGCAAGUACCGAAGCCGUCUUUGCAGCAUAAAGUGAUGACUGAGGCAGUAGAGAACCAUAUGCCUCAGGUGAUCAUCGUUGACGAGAUCGGCACGGAAGCUGAGGCGCUUGCUUGUCGUUCAAUCGCCGAGAGAGGAGUGAUGCUGAUUGGUACUGCUCAUGGAGAGCAGCUACAGAACAUCAUCAAGAACCCUACUCUCUCAGACUUGAUUGGGGGUAUUGAGACUGUUACUCUGGGAGAUGAAGAAGCGAGGGCGAGAAGGAGCCAGAAGAGCAUUCUCGAGAGAAAAGCUCCUCCUACUUUUUAUUUCUUGAUUGAGAUGAGAGAGAGAGAUUAUUGGAUUGCACAUCAGACCGAAAAGAGUGUUGAUAUGUUGCUUCGUGGAAGGAACCCUAUGGUUGAGGUAAGGAAAAGAGAUGAAGAGUUCAAAGUAGUGAUAGAAAGAUGGAAGUCAUACGAUGGACAAGGCAUCUGAGUUUUACUACCUUUUUAAUGGUUGUUGUCAUCACAAACUUUGGCAUCUUCACUGAUUCAAUCUUUGUCAUUCUUUUAUAAAAGAAUGCUCGCAAAGGAUUGAAUAGUGAAAACCAUUUGUAUUUGUAGAUAAUAAAUGAUGCUUUUGUUUAGAAAACACAAAAAAUUAAAAAUUUCUUAGUUUAUUAUGUGUAGGGUUUUUUAAAAACAACUAUAUUUUGGGAGGGAGUAUAUUUGAUACAAGUAUUUGUCAUUAUCAUAAAUGUUUUCUUUAUAAGUAUUUUUUAAAAAUCA